UAGCAACGCUACUAGUACCACGUGCGUGAGUGAGUAUGUAAAGAGACCGUGAGACAUUGAAACCGUGAUUGCCCAUUUGCCCUUCCCAAGCCAGUUGGUUCGGCCGUGAUCCUGGCAGAGGCAUUAUUGUGUAGCAUUACACCAUGCAGCACGAUGACGUGAUCUGGUCGAUUAUCAACAAGUCCUUUUGCCAAUACAAGAGCCAGACCAAGACCCAAAAAUUCUGUCGGAACGAGUACAACUUGACGGGUCUGUGCUCACGGGCUUCGUGUCCGUUGGCUAACUCCCAGUAUGCCACGGUUCGCGAGGAAGAAGGCGUCUGCUAUCUCUAUAUGAAAACCAUCGAGCGAGCCGCUUUUCCGGCCCGAUUGUGGGAAAAGGUCAAGUUGUCCCGCAAUCUGGAGCAAGCCAUGCGGCAACUCGAAGAGAAUCUCGUCUUUUGGCCCGGAUUCAUCAAGCAAAAGUGCAAACAACGCCUCCUCAAGAUCGCCCAAUACUUGACACGGAUGCGGAAAUUGCGUUUGAAGCGCCAGAAGAAGUUGGUGCCGCUUCAGCGUAAGAUUGAGCGACGAGAACGGCGACGCGAGGAGAAAGCCUUGGUGGCGGCACGGAUUGAUAAUCAGAUCGAGAAAGAAUUGCUCGAGCGUCUGAAGCGCGGCACCUAUGGCGAUAUUUACAACUUCAGUCAAAAGGCCUUUGAUCAGGCCUUGAACGCCGAAGAAGUGGAAGACGAGGAGGACGAGGCCGAGGAAGAAGUUGAAGGCGAGUUCGAAGAAGAGGUUGAAGAAGAGAUGGAUGAAGAGCUCACACGCGAGUUUGUGGCGGCCGAUGAUUUUGAUCAGAGUGAGUCGGAGGACGAGGCCGAGAGCGAUAUCGAGGAUGGACCGGGAGGACGAGCCCUAACCGGCGGUCAAUCGCCGGAUGAGGCCACAUCGAGUGAUGAAGAGCCGGCCUCGGAACCGCGCGUACGAGUGCGAUCGACUCGUCGCAAACCGCGGGUGGAGAUGGAAGUGGAGACGGAAGAACCCACCGCCCCUCGGAUCCGACAGAAACUCAAAGCUUAAUUACCCUACAACCUGAUGUCCUGUUCCCAUUUGUCCAUGAAUACACGUUAUUUUCAUCCGUU